AUGUCUUCCUUCCCACCUCCACUCUUCCCAAAAGCUCUCCCGCCUGGGGGGAAAAUUGCCCUUCUCUCCCCUUCGGGCCGCAUAAAACACAUAAUCCCCGCACCUGCAAAACGCGCCGAGACCCUUCUGCGGUCUCUGGGCUACACCGUCACCACAAUCUUCUCUAAUGCGGGGGAGUCCUCCGCCACCGCCGUCGCCGAGGAUGGGGUCGACCCCGUCGACGCCUCCAUCCGCAACCGCCUCGCCGAGCUCCGCGCCGCCUUCGCCGACCCCACCGUCGACAUGAUCCUCUGCACCCUCGGCGGCUCCACGAUGACUGAGCUCAUCCCCUAUAUCGUCGAGGACUCGUCGCUUCACGUCCUGGUCCGCGAGAACCCAAAGAUCGUCGUGGGCUACUCCGACAUCACCGUCCUGCACUGGUGCCUGCGCGCCCUCACCGGCCUCCGGACCUUCUACGGGCCCUGUGCGUUCCUGGAGCUCAGCGGAGACGCGACGUCCACCCUGUCCUCCGUCGCCUCCUUCGCCCCUUCCACCUCGGUGCCGCAGGACCCGGAAGAGGGCGACGCCUACGUCCAGGACUUUCACCUUGCCACCCUCCUCCAGACCAUCUCUCACCCGGGUCAACCCCUAGGCCCUGUCCCCCGCUCCAGGUUCUACGCGCCCCUCGUACCCUCCUACUUCUUCUUGCCCCCGUCGCCGCCGCCGCCAAAGAACACGCGCUCCCUCAUCCCCUCCCCGGCGUGGACCUGGCUCCGCCCCGGUCGCGCCGAGGGCCGCCUCUUCGGCGGGUGCCUCACGGUCGUUUCCCGCAUCCAGGGAAUCCCGCGAAUCACCCCCGACUGGCGAGGCAGGAUCCUCUUCCUUGAGUCCGCGACGGGGGAGGGCGACCAGGCCAAGGGAAACCCGUUGGGCAGGGUGCAGCAGGCAGUCGCGGACCUUGCGGCGCGUGGCGUCUUCGAUGAGCUCGGUGGGUUGGUCAUCGGGCGGCCGUACGGGUACAACACGGAAAAGCAGAGGACCCAGUACGCCGCAGUUUUCCGUAGUCUGCUUUGCCACGGCCGGCUGGCGAAUCGCAGGUUUCCGAUUCUGAUGAACGUCGAUGUGAGCCAUACCUCGCCCAAGGUGACGUUGCCAAUGGACGCGCUGGCGUUGCUGGACUCGGACAAGGACGAGUUCGCCAUCAUCGAGGCGGCCGUAAUCUAA